CUCCCUCUCUCUCUCUCUCCCCUUCUCUUCUUCUUCUCCUCUUCCCUCUUUUCUUUCCCAUCGACCAUCUUUCUAUCGUUCAUUUCCCUUUCCUUUUCACUCUUUUGUAUUUCUUCACUUCUUACAUUCUUUACUUUCAUCCCCCAUUCGCUCGCUACAGUCGAUCGUUCCACUCUUUUAACGUUCGACUUCACUCUCCCGAGCCCUUCGCUUGCUUCCCUCUGGACGGUGAAAUAGCCCCCCCGAUUUGUCAUCGUGACAUCGAUCCUCGAUUCAUGCGAUUUGAUUAACCGCCACGCUUGCGAAGACCCUAUAUACAUUCUACCGUAUAAGCUGCCUAGGCCAGCUUUUUAUCUUUUCCCCCCGAUUCGAUUACGUUGACGCUUCUGCGACGCGCUCAUAUUCAUUCGUGCUCGAGGCCUGGAACCAUAACCGUUUCCAGCCCUAGCACAUCCAUUCGUUUGAAACAUAUCUCUCUCUCGCGCUUGACGCAGCUUGAGAGACUUGGACAUCCCCUUCGACUGUCGGCCGGAUCGUCGUCCUCUCUUUUCUUUCGUUCUCACUCCCAUCUCUCAAUUGGUCGAUUCUCUUUUCUGAACCCAGUUCUACCUUAUCUUCGGUCAAUCUCUGCAAACAAUGUCUUCGACAGACUCCCCUGACCCGUCGACUAUGUCGACUACCCCCACCACCACAGCACCGACCACCUCUUCAUCUGCCGCUUCCACGCCAUCUCCAUCUGCAUCCAGUGCCACCACGGCGCCUUCUUCCGCGGCCCGUCGGCCUCAGCGCAAGAGUACUCUGACCCAACAACAGAAGAAUAACAAGCGUCAACGGGCGACUCAGGAUCAGCUGGUUACCCUGGAGUUGGAAUUUAACAAGAACCCCACCCCUACGGCUGCUACGCGCGAAAGAAUCGCCCAGGAGAUUAACAUGACUGAACGGUCUGUUCAGAUUUGGUUCCAGAACAGGCGCGCAAAGAUCAAGAUGCUCGCGAAGAAGAGCAUUGAAACCGGUGAGGGCUGCGAUUCAAUCCCAGAGUCUAUGCGCCAGUAUCUGGCUAUGCAAUUCGACCCCAGCAAGCCCGGCGCAAGAGAUCCAUUUGGCCGCACAGGAGGGUAUGGAACCAGUGGCGCUUACCCGAGCGAGGCCACUCCCUCUGGAAAAGUUGUGAUCCAUCACUUCACUUGUCGAUCGUUGACCAUCGGUAGCUGGCGGCGCAUUGGGCAGAAUGCGAUGGACUUGGUCGUCUUCUACUCCCCCGAAAAAGCCUGUAUGACUUACUACAUCAACAAUGACUCUGCAGGAUACAAGAUCGAAUACCCUUUCUCUUAUAUCAAGAAUAUCACUUUGGAGUCUGGCGACCAAGGACCACAGCCAAAUGGCGCUCCCCCGAGGCCCGGUGGUCUAGUGGUGGAAUUGAACCGGCCCCCUCUUUUUUACAUGGAUUCCUCCAAUUCCGGUGGAUUUUAUCAGUGCGGCGACUUUACCGAAGACCAGCAAGCUAGUCAGAUUUUGGUGCACCAUCUUGGAGGUCAUCCGAAGGUUCUGAGUGUGCAGCUCGCCAAGCUGGUGUCCUUGGAGUCAUUCCAGAAUCGCUUGGCAUACAACAACUUCGCCGUAAACGCGCCCAUGUCUCCUCCAUUCAUCCAACGCCCUGCUUCGCAGCCUAACCAAUUCGCACCUGCAUUCAUGAACAUGAUCCCGGAAGCUCAGACUCACUUGAACCUUCAGGUUCCUCGUGGACACAGGCGUCAACGAAGUCGCUCUGUCCCCGUGGCCGUCGACUUCUCUGCUUUGCAAACGCCUCUUGCCAACUACAAUAUGCCACAGACUCCAGUGCAUUUCAACCAUGCAGACUCGAACAUUUUUGCGCCAGUUCCUCAGUCGGCGCAUCCUUUGGCUGCCAACCUGCGGAUUGAUACCUCGGCCGCUUACGGCUUCGAUCCCCGCACUCACCCCAUGUCUGCGACGACGGCGACAGCCUCGCCGUCCGACUUUGCUAGUCCUGGGCUCUUCUCUAACGGAGGACCUGGCGAUUCGACCCCUGUCGCAACGACCAUGGGAACCCCCUUUAACCUGCCGUUCGUCUCCCCUCAAGUUGACUCUUCCAACUUGGGAGCUCAGUCGGCAUCCCCAUAUUCGACGGUUAGCCACGCUGAUCCUAUGAUUGCGGAUCAUUCGCCUCCGCUUUCGAACAUGCACGCGUCACAGGAGAUGUAUGGCAUGAGCAAUGAGCAUCAGCCGAGCUUUGUGGAAGAGGGAAUGCAGAUGAAUGGGAUGUUUCCCAAGCAGAACGUGAACUUCACUGUUCCAACUUCUAUGGGCUUCGAAGGAAACACUUUUGAUCUGCCCUUGCAGACCUUGUCCGCUCACACUUCUCCAGGUGUUCAAGGCGACUACCAAAUGUCAUCUAUGGAAAACGCCGAUCCGAGUGCAUUCGCCACUGGAUCUUGAGUCUUACCUGUGCCAUGCCGUUCAAUUUGAACAGCUCCUGGUCUUCGCUUCUUUCUUAUGCCAUUUCCAAGUUUCACUUGGCAGGAUGGCAAUUCUUUUCUUUGAUAGGCUUGGUUUCCUUGCGCAAGCCUUCAAAUCACUUUCCAAACGAUUGGUAUGAUGUUGUAUCCACUGGAGAUACCCAACCUUGACCAGUUAUUUUCACGUCCCUCGUUGGAGGGCUUGGAGGGACUGAUGCUUUUCAGUCCCACCAAUAUACAUUAACGAGGAUAUAUCUUCUUUCUCUUCUUUUCUGAUAUGCUCUCAGCGUUAUGCUCUUCUCCUGCGCUUUUUUUUUCUUCAAAUUUUUGUUGUAUUAAUACCCUUCUCCAGGGGCUGGUCCUUGCCACUUUAUCAGACAAUUUUGCCCCAGCAAUUACUGGGCAAAAGUUUUUUUUCCUUUUCCUUUCUUGCAACUUCUUUGUGAACUUCUUCAUCUUACCCUGGACCCUUUUUUUUUUUUUUUUUUUUU